AUGUCUGAUGUAAAAAGUUUGCUUGAAGGUUGCGAUAGAUUGACUGGACUUAAUGUAACAAGCUUAGGUGGGACAAUUGUGAACGAUCAUAACUGCGAUGUACUUCUACCUAAACAAGUUUUCAUUGAUGAACCGCUAUUUCAGUAUGAUCUAGCUGAUUCGAAAAAAUUCUACACGAUUAUUCUGGUAGAUCCAGACGCACCACCACAAAUUGAGGGUGAAUUUUUUCUACAUAUGCUUAAGUCUAAUAUACCGGGACUAGCUUUACGAGUAAAGGAAAGCAGUAAGACUAUUGGCAUUGAUUAUCGAGGUUAUAAAGCUCCAGCGCCACCUCGGGGCACCGGUCUGCAUCGCUACAUAGCGUUGCUGUACGAACAAGCCGACGGUAACAAUUUCCUUCCUAACGUACCAACGUCUCGCAGCCGCUUCGCGCUCGCUAAUUGGUUGCGCGGGAAAAGCUUGUGCGGGCCUGUGGCAGCAACGCAGUUCAGAUCACAAUUC